GAAUCGUGUAUUCGUUGUUGGUGUGUGUGUGGGUUUUGUUCGCUUCUCAACUUCUUUAAGUGACGAAUUAAAUAAAAAAUAUACAAUUUUAAGCACAUAUUAUUUGACUACAAACUUCAAUCAAGCAUUAAAUUUUAACAAACGUCUUUUCUUGUUUAUAUUUAUAAUUUUUAAGAGAAAAGUUCAAUAUAAAAAUUUACAGCAAAUGUCAUCAAGCGUAUCAGAUCAGAUGAAAGUGCCCGGAAACACAGCAAAAACUGUUGAGGAGCGGAACAUCCCAUGGAGUCAGCAAGUCGAUGAAGCUUCAUAUGAAAACUUAUCGUCCCCAGCAAUCGAUGAAAAUAUAUGCUCCCACCACAGCUCAAUGCAGUUUCAAUUUCCGCCAUUUAAUGUAAAAGAGAGUCAAAAUGUUUCCUGGAGCAACCAAAAACCAAGAAAACCAAACAACUAUGACUCGAGUAAAAAGCAUGGAAAACCAGCAACAUUUAGCAAUACGAAGAAAGAUGACUUCCAAUCGAACCCAUGGGGUAACCAAAAAAAAGGGAAACAUGUAAUCGACAAUUCUUCAAAUAUUAACAGACCGAUCAGAACGGAAAAUAUGUACGCGACGGGUAAAUUUGAUAGCAAGGCAAUUAUAAAUGUACCAACAGAGGAAAAGAAAACAAUUGUGCCACCCCCUACUUCUGUGCCCAAAAAAACGACUUGGGCCUCAAUUGCUUCGCAACCAGCAAAGUUGACUUCAAGGACUAAUCUUUCAACAUUAAGUCAUAAAAAGAAAGGUCCGGGUAUGCCUCCGCCACCAAUGGUGCCAGGGAAGCAUAACCUGGAUGUAAAUACAUGGGAGUUGCCAAAUAACAAUCCUCCGCCUGCACCAUCGCCUCCUGCGUCAACUGAUACAUCAUUUGCAGAAACUGAUCCUAAUUAUACGGUCGGAAUCGGAUGUGAUUAUGAAAUUGAGGUGCACACAGACAGAAGUUAUAAGGGAAGUCAAUAUGUUCGCGAAGAAAAUAGGGCGAAUUAUAAUAACAGUAAUUAUGGGCGUGCCCGAACUUCGCCAACUAAUAAUUCACGUAAGAGUUGGUCCGUCCAACCUCUUGACCAAAGUAGUCGUGGACCUGGAAGUGCAAGUGCAGGUCAAAGACGUUCUGAUAACAUAAUUGGAAAUAGUGGUCAUCAAGCCCGAUUCACUGAACGUAGAAAUACUUAUACGCGUUUGGAACCAGAAUCUGCAGCUCAUGAGGUCGACGAGCCUCGGUUGGAGCAAAGCUUAAACGUUGAAGAACUUACUCCUGAAGCAUCGAACGCAGUGCUAGAAAAAUUGCAUGACAAAAAUAACUACAAUCCUUUGGAAAUCGACUUGAAUAUUGCAACUUCAGCAAGAUUUUUUGUUAUUAAAUCGUAUUCGGAAGAUGAUAUUCAUCGGAGCAUUAAAUAUGAGAUUUGGUGCUCAACUGAUCAUGGCAACAAGAGACUAGAUGACGCUUUUAAAGAACGACAAAAGGAGGGUGGAGAAAUACUUCUCUUCUUUUCUGUAAAUGGCUCCGGCCAUUUUUGUGGCAUGGCUCAAAUGAUGACCGCUGUUGAUUACAAUUCCACGUCCAGCGUCUGGUCCCAAGAUAAGUGGAAAGGAAAAUUUAAAGUUAAAUGGAUUUAUGUUAAAGAUGUUCCCAACACCAAACUAAGGCAUAUUCGUCUAGAAAAUAAUGACAAUAAAUCUGUUACAAACUCACGCGACACUCAAGAAGUGCCCAAUGCUAAAGGUAUCGAAGUUCUUCAAAUACUCCAUUGCUAUAAACACUCUACGUCCAUUUUCGACGAUUUUUAUCAUUACGAAAAAAAACAAGAAGAGGAAGUUUCAAAAAAGCCAAAUCCGUACGAUAAUUUAACAAUGACAUCACCCGUUAGCAGACAUUACAGCCGUCAAAGUGACGACCGAGAUAGGGAAAGGGAUAGUCGAGGAAUCGGCGGAUCUCAAAAAUAUUUCAUUGGCGGUAGCACUAGUUUUCGUGAACGAAAUAAUUCAUAUCGUGGAAGUUUUCAUAACAGUUUCAAUGACCAACGCCGAAACGACAGCCACAGAAUGGGCCCCGUUGCAGAUUCACAACAAAAGGAAAGGGAUGAUCGAACUGAUGCUGACGUGGAUAGAGAUAAUAAUGAGUAUGGAAGCCGACAUGGGCAUAAAUUUGAUUAUGGACAGCGUCUGAAGCACAGAGAGCGAGAUUUUAGUGAAAAGGAAACGAAAUUCCGGACGUCAUCAAAAGAAAUAUUAAAAGACAACGAAUAUGACUACUGAUAAAGCAUGAAUAAAAAGCUGACUAUGAAGAAUAUUAAAUAUGCACAUAUUAUUACGGAGAUAAAACAGUAAUACGAUGGUGAAUUAUGAGAACAAUAUAUUAUGAAGAGUUCAAUUAUGUUGUUAUUCUUAUGUUGAUUUUCGCUGAAAAGCAAACCUUGCACAUAUUUUGUCACAUUUUGACGUAUAAUGAGGAAUUCUUAUUAUGUGAUUGGCAAAACUAAUGUUGAACCAAUCGAUUGAUUAUUUAGAUCCAGGGUUUGCAACGUCAUUCCAUAGAGUUACACUGUAAUUAAUAAAAAAAUAAUAUGACGUACAUUCACAAAUUCAUGUAUAUACAUUAUUAUUUUGAAGUAAACGUUAUUAUAUUUUACGCAUCCGCUGCAUGCGAAUUUUGCAACAUAAAAAAAUAAAUAAAUAAAAUCCGACGACCUCAAA